UUCAUUUUUGGCCUGUUAAAAUUCAUAAUAUCUAAACAUGAAUCUCUCUCUUCAUCUGCAGUUUAUAUUGAUAACGUACCUUCUGGCAGUGGUGUGGCUGUUGGUGUUUGCCUUCUCUGCCUUGCCUGUCUAUUUCUUCUACAACAUGGACGCUACCUGCCACACCAUCACCGUCCUGACUGAGACCCCAGCUAGCAUCAACCAGCUCUGUAUUGACGCCAGGCAGUACGGGCUCUUACCAUGGAAUGCGUUGCCAGGCAAAGCUUGUGGAAUGACACUGUCCACGGUCUGCAAAACCAGAGAGUUCCGUGUGACCUACGACCUGUACAUCGCAGCGUUUGCCGGGGCUGGCAUCACACUCUUGGCUCUGCUCACCUACAUGGUGUCCACCACCUAUAACUUUGCGGUGCUGCGGUACCUGGGGAGAAAGGGCAUAGGCACACGGUGUUAAGACUCUCCACUUCCUGUCUCUCGAUCCGACACAGAGACACCCAGAGGGGACACUAUGACUCCCUAACACCCCUCUGCCUAUCCUCAACACCACCGGUGGAGUUGAUUCUUUGAACUUGAGUGAUUGAUUCCUUGAACGAUUCCUAUUCCUUCCAUUUUUCCCUUCACGACCCACCAACCUUUCCAUGUACUGUGUCUUGGUAGCACCAUGGGUGGUUUGGUCGAAACCCAGACGUACACUACCUUAGUCUACUGCUUUGUCACACUGUUCUUCUCAUGUUAUAUUUACUUUGCUCUGAAGCUGUCUUCUUCAAGUUAGAAGUUUUCUGUAUUUUUGUUAUUCUCCAUGUGUAUUUUAUCAUGGGUUUGUAAAGUAAUGUUCCUCAUAUACUGCAGUUCGUGUGCCUGACGUAUACUUCAUGUUUUCUUCACUUUUUAAAACGUAAAUCACAUGUAAAAAGCUACCUAGUAAUAUAACAAAUAUCAUUUUAUUUGACAAAAGUAUUCAGUUAUAAAUGUCCCACUGACGUGGUUAGGGACUACGUGGUUAGGGACUACUUGGUUAGGGACUACUUUGGGAUUAUAAUCGGUUACCAUGGGUACAGUCCCUCACAUCUGGUUGCCAUGGUGCCAGACAUGUGUGUGUUUGCAGUUCUUCUCUCUGACCUCAGGGCCUUUUCUCACGGGAGGCAGAAAGGCCUCAACAAUGGAGGCCGCCCCCCUUAGGACUUCUUAGAAAACUAACCAAUCAGAGGGGGUUCCUAGGGUCCACCUGCCCCGGCUCCCGGGGUGGGGGUGGAAGGGAGGUCUGUGUGACAAGGCCCCUUUGUUACUAUAGGGGCCAUGGUCUAUGGCAAGAGUCAGAUUGCAUGUCAUAGGGAGAGGGUCUCAUGACAAAGACAGGAGAAAGGCUGAAGGCUUCCCUCGAAGGCCUGAAUUACAACCCUGCUGUGACGAACCCAGUGCUGCACGACAUCCCAUCUGUUGGAGGUGAUGGAUCCUGUGAAGGGACUUGGAAAGAAAAGGGUUAACAUUUUGUUUGAAUGAACGGGAUAUCUCUGAGAGAAAAGGGACAACAUUUUUAGUGAGUUUGUGCCAUAGAUUUCUGGUUGGUACAGAUCAAUAGGAGAAGUCCUUAAUAUCUCUGUUUUUAAUGUUGAGAUAAUAAAGUUGUUACAGGUGCUUCAUGUUAUUUAGAAGUUUAAAACAUCUCUGAAGAUGCUUGACUCUGUAUGGCUCUGCAUUGAGGUGAUAUUAUCAUUGCUCCCCCUUCUGGCAGUAUACGUUCGCAAGGGAUGAGGGUCUGUUAUAGAGGCAAAACAAUGCAGUUUUUAUAUAGUUUUGUCUCUGUAGCUGUCUAGAAAAUAUUAGUAGUUAUUGUAUAACACCACUAGUACUUACUGUAGGUAAAUGUACUAAUCUUAAUGACAAUUCACACUUUGUUUAAUCUCUUGCUAACAAAAUAUCUUGUAACAUACUGUGAGUAUAGGUUAUCCAAUUGGGUGGAAGCUUGAUCCAACAGCUCAGGUUGGUUUUGUGAACUGACGGCUGGCUGGUUGUCUGUUUUUUGUUUCUUUGUGUUUUAUGAUAUGUUGGUUUGGCAAUAAAAGAUGGUCUGUCCUUUUUUAAA